AUGAGCGCCAAGGUGCCGCGCAACUUCCGCCUCCUCGAGGAGCUCGAAAAGGGCGAAAAGGGCCUCGGCGCCGAGGCGUGCAGCUAUGGCCUCGAGGACAGCGAGGACCUCUUGAUGAGCAACUGGAACGGCACCAUCCUGGGGCCCCCUCACUCCGUCCACGAGAACCGCAUCUACAGCGUCAAGAUGCACUGCGGCGCAAAGUACCCCGACGAGCCCCCCACGAUCCAGUUCGUCAGCCAGGUCAACCUCCCCUGCGUCAAUCCCCGCAACGGCGUCGUCGACCCCAAGCAGCUCCCCUGCCUGGCACAGUGGAAGCGUGAGAACACCAUGGAGACUGUCCUCAUCGAAUUGCGGAGAUACAUGGCAGCGCCUGCGAACAAGAAGAUCCCCCAACCUCCCGAGGGCUCGACAUACUCAUGA